CUGUUUGUAGUACCUGCGUAUAGUAGGGGCCGUGUGAUAGUAAAAGCGGUUGGAAAGUGCAUUCAUACGGGAAAUCGUCGUUCUAAAAAGUUUAUCUCACGUUCUAUAUAGUUUACAAUCUUUUGUACAAUUGUCGUACGAACGGAUUCGAGGUUUGAAAAUUGAAGCCAUUUUCAGAUACUCGAGUACCUUUUGGUAGUAUUUACGUGUCAUGUAGUGAUCGUGAUGUUAUGUGUGCUACAUAGAAGUGAUAGAGAACUUAUAUUUCAUACAAGACUGCAUUUCAACUAAGUAUAAGCCUACGGAGUUCACAAUGACUUUGGAUUAUUGUGAUCCAUUUUCCACCUGCUAAUCGAAAGGCGAUGAAAAGAACGCAACAAACAUGGAUGGUGUGAAGAAAAUUCAUUCGGGAACACUAUACCGUAACGGACCGGUGGACGGCGCCUACGGUCAGCAGCACAGCCCGGUGUCGCGAUCGGACGCGUCCACCGAGGACGCGGAGCUGUCCGCUGCGCUUGCGCAUCAGCAUCAUCUAGCUAUGCAGGCGGGCGAGUACCCAGUGGGUGGCGGCGUAGAGGCGGAAUACAGCCAAUAUGUGUCAUCACCCGCUGCGCAUUAUAAUCAUAUGGGACACCUUACUAUGGCGCCCUCACAGAAGUACCCACACGUUAUGGAAGCAGUGUCAGUUGGCAGUGGCUAUGGUGGUGUCGUUGGCGGCGCAAGCGCAGGCCACUACGGCACAUACGCGCAUUACGGCGCUGCCUAUCCUGCACAGCCCUACCUCGUUGACCCCCAAAUGCCGGCUUACAUGACUCAGGAGUACGUAGAAGGUGGUGGUAGUGCAUCUCCUCGAAGCGCGUCUCCAGGUGCCCUUCCUCCCCAGCACAAUUUACAUCUGCAACAAAGAUACGAUUCAUCGUCGCUAGAGCAGUUAGGCCGCCAUUACUGUGUGACGUCACCGCGUGGCGAGUACGCAGCGGAUGCGUAUACGUACCAACAUUACCAGCCUGCUAUCGACCCUCAACAUCACACGGCGCAGCCAUUUAAGGAUUCACAAAACGGGUUAAGCUUAGGAAGCACUGGUGGACAGUCGUUGUAUGGAGACGAAGAGGAAUUACAGAAACAAAUGGCAAAUAUGGCUUUAGUCCAUGGUGGAGUGAGUCGCGAAGAGGGCGGAGGUCUGCAAUGGAGAGACCCUAAUUUGCCAGAGGUCAUCGGGUUCCUCAAUUCGCCGUCAGAUGUCGUUAAAGCUAAUGCCGCUGCCUACCUGCAACAUCUCACAUAUAUGGACGAUCCCAAUAAACAGAAAACUAGGAGCUUAGGUGGAAUACCUCCCCUAGUGCGACUAGUGACUCAUGAGAAUCCAGAGGUGUCGAGAAAUGCGUGUGGUGCGCUUCGUAAUCUCUCUUACGGCAGACAAAACGAUGAGAACAAAAGGGCCAUACGGGACGCGGGAGGAAUUCCAGCACUUAUGACUCUGCUUUGCAGGACUUCGGAUAUGGAAGUUAAAGAUUUAGUGACGGGUGUAAUUUGGAAUAUGUCCUCGUGUGAAGAUCUAAAGCAGUCGAUUAUAGAUGACGCAGCUCAAGUUAUAUUUAAUAAAGUUAUCCUUCUCCAUUCUGGUUGGCAUCCCACAAACCCUGGUGAAACGUAUUGGUCUAUUAUAUUCCGUAACGCGUCCGGUACGCUCCGCAACGCAUCGUCAGCGGGCGAGUACGCACGGCGACGACUGCGUUCGUUGCCUGGUCUCGCGGAAGCUCUGCUACACACAGUGCGUACGGCUCUUAACGUCAAUGCCAUCGGUACUAAGGUGGUUGAGAACUGCGUUUGUGUGCUGCGAAAUUUGUCUUAUCGAUGUCAAGAAAUAGAAGACCCGUUGUACGAUACUCGAGCCCCACCCACCCAGAGUACGGGACAGGCGCGGAUACAAGCUAGUGCUUCAAAAGUUUGUUUCAUCUUAGGAGAGAAUCUAGGCUGUUUCGGUGGUAGCAAGAAAAAGAAAGAGGGUUCUUCUUCGAACUCCACCAGUCCUUUAGGGAAGAACGAUGCGGAUUCACAGCCAUUGGAGACGGGGAACUCUUUGGGAUAUACUGUUCCAAAGGGUACAGAAAUGCUGUGGUCACCCGAGGUGGUUCCACUUUACAUGGCACUACUGCAGACGUGUUCUAACCCCGAAACUCUCGAAGCGGCUGCCGGCGCUUUACAGAACUUGGCAGCAUGUUACUGGCAACCCUCCAUUGACAUUAGGGCUGCGGUGAGAAAGGAGAAAGGUUUACCAAUCCUAGUAGAACUACUCCGUAUGGAAGUAGAUCGCGUCGUAUGCGCUGUUGCGACCGCACUGCGGAAUCUGGCCAUCGACCAGAGGAAUAAGGAGUUGAUUGGGAAAUAUGCAAUGCGAGAUCUCGUUCAGAAGUUGCCUAGUGGGAACCAACAACAUGAUCAGGGUACCUCCGACGACACGAUAGCAGCAGUGUUAGCGACCCUCAACGAGGUGAUAAAGAAGAGCGCGGAGUUCUCUCGUUCUCUUCUUGAAGCGGGUGGGGUUGAGCGGCUGCUUAACCUCACGAAGCAGCGGCACAGACAUACGCCCAGGGUGCUUAAAUUUGCGGGCCAAGUACUCAUGACAAUGUGGUCUCACGCGGAGUUACGCGAGGUAUACCGUAAACACGGUUGGCGUGAAGCCGAUUUUCUUACUCCGGCUCGGGCCGCCCAACCAACGAGGAAUUCCAGUACUAGCGGUCAAGGCACGCCGUCGUCAGGCACAGCGGGGGCGCCACAUUCGCCUAGCAACGCUAACAGCACGCUCAGUCGGCCUAUGGCUUCCACGGGGGGCACACGUUACGAGGACCGCACGAUACGCAGGCAUCGAGAGAACGAGGAUAUGCCUCCAAUGGACGCGAAUAAUUAUGCAGAUGGACUAGGCAUGGGAAACCCAAACGGUCGGCCGAUGAAUCUUCAAGGUGUUCAGGCACAGAUGCCCCCUCCUAGCACACGUUGAGUUACCGAUGAAUGUUAAUGAUUUUCCACAGUAAAAGCUUUUUUUGAUAACUUGUGUCAAUCAAUUUCUUUUGAAUGUGCAUUUAAACCCAGUUCGAGACUUUAGGGUCUAUAAAAUAUGUUUUUUGAGGUGAUAACCCCAUAAAAACUUAAUCACUCUGCUCUCUUUUAACUCAAGUACUCUUUGUCUCUUUCUUUCAAAGUGUGUACGUAGUGGGGAAAAGAGACAGAUGAUUAAAAUGCGUUUGGUCUGAUUUGUUGGUGGCGUUUUUGGAACAUUCCAUGUAGAAAGUUGAAUAUGAAAAUUCGACGAAUGCAGACGUAUUUUAUAGGCCAUAAAGCUGCUUUUGGAAUAUCAAACUUUUUACAUUCUCAGACAAUAGGUAAACGAAAAGACAUUUAAUCGAUUUGUGUAAUUUUGGUACUUGUAGUACGUAUUGGUAACGCAUUUAUAUUCGAUAAACGUAAGAUAUGAUGUAAUCAUUAAUUACCAUUUACAGUGCAAAUGUUUAAUUAAUUUUUUAUAUGAAUUUUGUUCGGGAGUUUCGAUUCAGCUGUUUCAUGUCAAUUCCCCUGUAUAUAAUCGUGCCAUUUUUGACAUAAGGGGUUUAUAGAUGUUGUGUCUAAUAUUCAUACGCAAUUAAUAAAAUAACGAAUCUAGUAACCAUUAGGAUUUUAGCUAUUAAUAACGCUUGAGCGAUAUUCAUAGUUAAACCAGAUGUGGUUUUUGUAACCAUUCCACAUUGUAUGUCUUUAUACCUGUCCGUUUGUAUAUUGUGUAAGUAAAUAGCGAUUUUCGUCGAGUGGAUUGUAAUUGGACAGUUGAAAAAAAAUUAAACUGCAUACAGCGGUACAAGUAUUUUUACAGAUAUGGGACAAAUUACAUAAGCCCUUUUAAUUUGAAGUCGGUUUAUAAACUUCACUGUAAUGGCUGAUCUAUUUUAUAAUCAAUGACGUAGCCAACUAUCUUAAUUUUUCGUUCUAUCAGCAGCCUAGCUAGUAACCUCUCAACUAAACAUUUAAAAUAUUUAAAAUGUAACAUUACUGAUCUUUGGAAACGAUGUUGACAGUUUGGAAAAUUUCGACGCCUAGGUGGCUGAAAACUAUCCAAGUUAUUUCAUGUUUGAUGAAAUAGCUAAUCAUUCAGGCCGUUUAACAAACGGCCCUAUUUAGUAAGGCGGCUAGGCUGUUAAUGCAACGGCUAAUUAAGCUGGUUGGCUGCGACAUGAGCACAAUGUGACAAAAGUCGAUUAAUAUUAUUGGAAUGUGUAAAAAGUUUUUAUUUGGUCCUAAUCUCAGUCCGAGAAACAUAUCGCUAAGUAAGGACUCCUGUAUGUCAAAUUUAACACACGGCAUACUAGGACUAUUGUAUGUGUUAAAAUAUGCUUGUACAACUGUUUUUAAUAUGAGAGUCACGAUUGACCAAUUACAUUCCUGUAUGACUCCAUUUUUAGCUACUGAAAAUCAUUUGCAUGACAUUUUUAGUUUAGGAAAAAUAGCUCAAUAAUUCUACAGGCCUUAAGAAUCAUUUAAAUGGAUGAAAUUUCACUUAUUAUUUAAGAUAUGAUUAAGGAUUAAUUUCCCUCCGUCAUUAAGGUUAGUCUUAAAUUAUUUAUUACAAAUCAUUUUAUUCGGGACUGUAUGAUUAUGGGCAAUUAUAGGGGUCGUUGAACUUUGCUAAUCCAAGCCAAUAGGGCCAAGCACAAGAGAGCAUUUAGAAUUGUCUAGUGUUGGUACAAAGUGUUAUUUAAGGGUCUGAGUUUUGUAAGAUAAUUUUAUUAAUACAAAUUGAUUGUACAAUAGUUGCUUGCCAGAGCAAAGUCGCUUCUAUGAAGUGUUUCUUCGUUCGCCUGUCAUAGAUGUCAUAUAUGUCAUAUUGAAAUUCGUCAUCUGUGCUGUUGAAAUAGAAUGCGAAAGGGGAGUUAUCUAUAUUAGAACAGAUUCAAUAUUAUUUUCAAGUCUCGAGUUCUUAUUUUAAAUAAGCCAACAUUAUCUACUUACAGUAAUAUUGAAACGUAUGUCAUAGUUUUUUGAUUUACAUUUAAUUGCAGUUCUAUAUAUGUAAGUCCCCUGGUGAAUAUCGUGAACGAGUCUAUAAUUUGACAUGUUUGCUUAAAUCUUUCAAACGAUUGAUUUCAUUUCAUAGAAAAUGUAGGCUAAAGUGUAUUGUGUUAUUCAAUGUAAUGUGAAAUCUUUACCAUCUUCGCGUAAUAUAUUACGUUAUCUCUUGUAAAUUUUAUUUCUUUUCCGGUAGCGAGACGGGGCUUGUGUAACUUAAAUUUUUAUAUAAAAAUUUUCUACUUAACAAGUUUUAAGCCCUCUUUUCCGUUAGAUCUCUAAAUAUAUCGGGCCUAGUACGAGUUUAUAGUCAAUAUGCGUCUAGUAUUAAUUUACUAAUAUUUAAGGGUUAACAGUGAACGCUGAAGUGGUCGUAUUGUAAACUCGCACUAAGCCGGUAACGCCCAAUGUAUGGGUAUGUAACUUAGAGUUACAUAACAUUAUUAUAUCGAUGUCUAUGGUAUGUGAUAACCACAGAUUAUACAGUUGUUGCAACAGUAAUACUCGAUUAUUUAUAUUUUAUUUUACAUAUGAAAAUUAUUUAACAAAUGUAUUUCAUUUGUCGUUGCGACGGUAGUAUUAAUAAUAGUUUCUUAUGUCAUGUUGUAUGUAGUUUAAUAGUAAAUAAUCGUGCAUAAAGAAAUUAUAUUCACAGAAAAUUAAAGAAUUAUUUUUUAUUAUUUCUUUUUUUAUUUUCCUUGGUUUUUGUCGUUAUGUUUUUCUUUUGUUUUGCUGUUUUAACAGAUAACGAAGGAAUUUGGAUGUAAGACUUGACGUUUAGCUUUCCUGUUUAAGGUUUUAUUUUUAGCAAAAUAUAAAAGACUUUGUUAGAUUAGUGUUAAUGUAGAUGCAAUUUUAAUUGAUCCCCAUGCUAUAUUUGCAAUUUUGAGUAUUUGUUGGUCCAUGGCAAGAGUUUGUUUAUUGGAGUUUUUAAUAAAUUAUCCUAACCUCUCCGUCUUUAUAACGAUAGUCUGAAUCUCUAUCAUGUAGUUGUUGAAACAUGGGAUGGGUGGUGUGUUCAUCUUUUACAAGCCGAAAUACGGCUAUCCUUGUGUAUUGGUAUUUCUAUCGAUCAUUUAAUGUGCCCAUUACAUCAUCUCGUAUACAAUAGAUGGGCUACAUUUUAGCAUGUAAUUUGUAUUUGGAAACUCCUAUAAAUCGUUGUCUUACUGUGGAUCCACUCGAAACGUUAACAAUUGAGAUGAAUUUAAAUCAUGUGUUAGUCGAAUAUAAGUAAUAAAACUUUGUGUAUGAAUGCUCACGUUUUAUAUCUACCUAUUAGUAGUGUCGGUUAUUGAAUUUAUAGGUGUAAUAGACGCAUAAAGUAUUUAAUAUAAGGCAUUAGUGCGUGCACGGUUUUGGUGAUUAUACAUUUUGUACUAAGUACCUACCUACUAUUUUGGGACACAGUGAGCCGUAUGUUUGCAAUAACAACAGUAUUAUUCAGUAAUCCUCAUGUACCAACGUUGCUAAUACACUUAAACUACGUUUAAAUAAA